AUGCUGCUCGCGUCAGGAAUUGGCACCCUACUGGGCAUUGCUGCACUUUCCUCAGCCCUGUUCUUCCAAGCCUAUCUGCCGCAUCAGGUCGUCACGGCGCCUGUGUAUCUGCAAUAUGGGUCGAGCUCAAACCCGUACGGCGUGGCUCCAUUGGUAGCAUCGAGGAUGAAGGCUCUGCAAGAUUACGACGUGUCCGUUACGUUUACGAUGCCCCGAUCGCCGGCGAACCUCGACCGCGGCAACUUCAUGGUUAGCCUGCACCUGAUUGACUCUGGUGACCAGAACACAGUUGGGGCCCGAGCCGACGAGUUUGCGAGAAGCCACAUCGGAUUUGGCGUCAGCAAAGUGCUAUUUAGCUCUCGUCGGCCGGUGUUGAUGCCAUACGUGGACCCGCUCGUUUCUCUCACGUCCCGCGUACUGUUGAUGGCUUACCAUUUACUAUCAUCCAACUCGCAGCGACAUACGCUGACGGUGAAGUUGGCUGAGCGCGUCUCGUUUGGAAAGGACUCGUUGAAGCCAGCGGCCGCGUACAUCGAGGUGGAAGCCGGACAGGACAUUCAAAUCUACAGCACGCAAUUGACGCUCACGGCGCAGCUCCGCGGACUGCGCUAUCUGAUGGUGCACUAUCGUUUGCUGACUUAUAUCGUGUUCACGCUGCUGUUUUGGUUCUUUGAAGUAUUGUUCAUGAGCGCUGCUUGGUCGGCCUGGAGCUCCUAUACGUCUUUACCGGCAAGCGGGAGCAAGUUGCGGAUAAGGGAAUCAGCGCCUGGAGACGCCACAGACUUGGGUAAUGAGCUGGAACACGAUGACGGUGACGAAGACGACGAUGGCGAUGAGGCGGUACCUAGAGGAGCCUUCAAACACGGCAGUUCCCCAUUACUGAAAAGAGAAUCCGGUAUCAAAGCGGAAGAAACAUUUGAACGAUCCUUGGCAGAUAUCCCACUUGCUGGAGCUGAAGCGGAUGAUGAGGAUGAAUCCGAGGAGGAAGAUGGGAAGCGCCAGAUUGUGUCGGGAAAGGGUACGAGCUAUAGCAAAGAGGGGGAAGAGACUGUGCGUUCGAGAGUCUCGCAAAGAUUCGUGUAG